UUCACUUGGCUGGUUGCUGCUGAGCGGGGGCGCGCACGUCGCUGCGUAGCCUGUAUGAUUAUGGAUGCGGGAUGCGAAUAGUGGUACCGGGCUGCGCCGAGCAGCUGGACUGGACCUGAAGUGGUGCUGAUGCCAGAAGCUGCCGGUUCGCUAAUGCCAGAGACGCUACAGCGGAGCAUUGUGUGGCUAGCUUUAAUAAGCACAACUGCAAAACUCCAAUGGCUACCGAGGCUGCUCUCGCCAGUGCCCAGGCACUAAUCAAUUACUACUGCCAGGAAAAGUACUUUCAUCAUGUUCAGAUGUGCGCUAAUGAGGGGCUCAAGGAUUAUGGUAAUGAUCCGGUCUUUCUCUUUUUCCGGGCCUUUGGAAUGCUAAUGGAAGAUGAGAUACAAGAGUCCAUUCGGGAGCUGGAAGCGAUUAAAGACAAGACAGAUGUUUCUCUGUGCUCUCUUAUGGCCUUAAUAUAUGCUCACAAAAAAAGUUCCCAUCCAGACAGAGAAGCAAUUCAGGAAUUGGAUUCAAAGAUGAAGGAACUUCGGAAGACGGCAGGACACAGAGGACUGUAUUUUUCUGGAUUAUUUCUGUGGCAUGUGGGUCGUCAUGACAAAGCCAGAGAAUAUAUUGACCGGAUGAUUAAAAUAUCCAACGGCAGUAAAGAAGGGUUGGUUUUGAAAGCAUGGCUUGAUCUAACCUGUGGGAGAGAAGCUUAUGCUAAAAAGGCUCUGAAGUACUUAGAGGAAGGUCUGGCUGAUGGAACAGAUGUAUUUGCUAUGCUGGGAAAGGCCCACUAUCUGGAGAUGCGGCAGAAUUACUCAGAAGCCUUGGAAGUCAUCAACAGAAUCCUAGUCCACUGCCCAGGAUUCAUCCCUGCCCUAAUUAAGAAAAUGAAGCUGCAGUUGGCGCUGCAAGACUGGGAACAGACUGUAGAGACGGCUCUGAGGCUGCUGCAGAAGGACAGUCAUAACCUUGAAGCUCUAAGAAUGUUGGCCCUUCACUAUUUGUGUAGAGAGGGAAAUGUGCAUGAGGCCUCUACAAAGCUUGGAGAUCUGAUCAGAGCUUUGGAUCAGUUUGAACCACAGAAUGCUCACUUGUAUUAUAACAUGUCACUAGCAUUUAGCAGAAUGUGUGAACGGAAUCCACUUAUACUUCAGCAAACACAGACAUUAGUAGAAAGAGCAGUAAAUAUGGCCGCUAAUGAUGCAGAAAUUGCCACUGAGCUUGGCUAUCAGUUCAUAUUACAAGGCAAAGUAAGAGAAGCUUUAAAAUGGUACAAAACUGCAAUGAGCUUAGAUGAGACCAGCGUCUCUGCAUUAACAGGGAUUAUUCGUUGCCAGCUUAUAGAGGGACAGCUGCAGGAUGCAGACCAGCAGUUGGAAUUCUUGAUGGAAAUUCAGCAAUCCAUUGGAAAAUCUGGGGAAUUAUCAUACUUGCGUGCAGUUCUAGCUAUGAAGAAGCAGAAGAAACAAGAAGAGGUCAUUCACUUGCUAAAUGAUGUACUGGACACUCACUUCUCUUCUUUACAUGGGUUGCCCCUUGGCAUCCAGUAUUUUGAAAAGCUAAACCCAGAUUUCUUGCUUGAAAUUGUAAGGGAAUACCUCAGUUUUUGUCCAACUCAGCCCUCAACUCCAGGCCAGCCUGUGUCCCCAUUAUUAAGACACUGUGCCUCUGUGCUUGAAGCAAUAAUGAAAACAGCUCCUGGUCUCCAACAAGCUGCGUUUCUUAUUGCAAAAGUCAAAUAUUUGUCUGGUGAUAUUGAUGCAGCUCAGAAUAGCCUUCAGCAUUGCCUUGAUCAGAACCCUUCCUAUGCUGAUGCUCACCUUCUCAUGUCUCAGAUCUACCUUUUCCAGGACAAUUUAAAGCUUUGUUCCCAGUCUUUGGAGCUUUGUUUAAGUUACAGCUUUGAGAUACGAGACUAUCCACUGUAUAAUCUAAUAAAAGCUCAGACUCAGAAGCGCAUGGGAGAAGUACAAGAAGCCAUUAAGACGCUGCAGAUUGCAAUGAGUUUACCGGGAAUGAGACGAGCUGGAACCAGUGUAAAAUCAAAAGGAAAAAAACCUGAAGUCAGUCCAAGUGACAGGGUGUCCAUUUUCCUGGAGCUAGUUGAUGCUCAUCGAUUGAAUGGCGAGCAGCAUGAAGCUACAAAAGUGUUACAAGAUGCUAUCAUUGAAUUCUCCGGAACGCCAGAAGAACUGCGCCUUAUGAUCGCCAAUGCGGAACUUGCGCUGGUGCACGGGGAUGUUGAGGAAGCUUUGUCCAUGCUUAGAAACGUCUCCCCGGAGCAACCCUACUUUGUUCAAGCUAAAGAGAAAAUGGCGGAAAUUUAUCUUAAGCACCGAAAGGAUAAGAAGCUCUAUGUCAGCUGUUACAGAGACUUGGUGGAUAAACUGCCUAGUUCCCAUACAUACCUUCUCCUGGGAGAUGCCUACAUGAACAUUCAAGAGCCGGAAAAGGCUAUCGAAAUUUAUGAACAAGCUUUAAAGAAGAACCCCAAAGAUGGAACAUUGGCUAGUAAAAUUGGAAAAGCUUUAAUAAAGACCCACAACUACUCUAAGGCUAUCAGUUACUAUGAAGCAGCUUUGAAAUCCGGCCAGCAAAGCUUUCUUCGUUAUGAUCUGGCAGAACUACUGUUAAGACUAAAGCAGUAUGAUAAAGCAGAAAAGGUCCUUCAGCAAGCCCUAGAUCACGAGGCUGUUAAUGAACUUUCUUCACUCAUGGAUGACAGCCGCUACCAUGUGCUACUGGCAAAAAUCUAUAGCAAGAUGGAAAAGAUUGAUGACUCUAUAGUUUCGUUGCAAAGGGCCCGUGAGUUGCAGGCCAGAGUGCUGAAAAGAACUCAGAUGGAACAGCCAGAUGCCGUACCAGCUCAAAAGGCUUUGGCAGCUGAGAUCUGUGCAGAGAUAGCCAAGCAUUCCACAGUCCAGCGGGACUAUGAGAAGGCCAUCAAAUUUUACAAAGAAGCUCUUGUAUACUGUGAAACGGACAAUAAGGUAAUGCUGGAACUUGCACAUCUGUAUCUCGCCCAAGAUGACACAGAAUCCUGCCAGCAGCAGUGUGCGUUGCUGUUAAAAAUUGAUCAAGAUAAUGAAGCUGCAACAAUGAUGAUGGCAGAUCUGAUGUUCAGAAAGCAGGACUAUGAGCAAGCCGUGUUCCACUUCCAGCAGCUUUUGGAGCGCAAACCAGAUAAUUACGCCACGCUUUCUCGCUUGAUUGACCUUUUGAGGCGGGCAGGAAAACUGGAAGAAAUACCAAAGUUUCUCGAGCUGGCAGAGAAGAAUUCACCGAGAGCAAAGUUGGAACCUGGAUUUCAUUACUGUAAUGGACUCUACUUAUGGUAUACCGGUGAUCCUAAUGACGCACUUCGGCAUUUUAAUAAGGCACGCAAAGACAGUGACUGGGGACAAAACGCCAUUUACAACAUGAUUGAAAUCUGUUUGAAUCCAGAUAACGAAACAGUCGGCGGUGAAGUUUUUGACAAUCUUGACGGUGAUGUAGGGAAUUCCACAGAGAAGCAAGAGUCGGUGCAACUGGCCGUCAGAACUGCAGAGAAGCUCCUCAAGGAGCUGAAACCUCAGACUCUACAAGGUCACAUUCAGCUGCGAAUAAUGGAGAAUUACUGUUUAAUGGCAACUAAACAAAAGGCAAAUGUUGAGCGUGCUCUGAAUACAUUCACCGAGGUGGCAACUGCAGAAAAGGACCAUAUCCCGGCACUUCUGGGCAUGGCGACUGCAUACAUGAUCUUGAAACAGACUCCAAAGGCCAGAAAUCAGUUGAAACGAAUUUCCAAAAUGAACUGGAAUCCAAUAGAUGCGGAAGAGUUCGAGAAAGGUUGGCUGCUCCUAGCAGAUAUUUACAUACAAUCAGGAAAGUACGACAUGGCCGGCGAGCUUCUGAAACGAUGUCUGCGACAUAACAGGUCAUGCUGUAAAGCUUAUGAAUAUACUGGCUACAUCAUGGAGAAAGAACAAGCAUAUAAAGAUGCAGCCAGCAACUACGAGAUGGCUUGGAAGUACGGAAACCAAACCAGCCCAACCGUGGGAUAUAAAUUGGCCUUUAAUUACCUUAAAGCUAAGAGAUAUGUGGAUGCAAUUGAUGUGUGUCACAAGGUACUGGAACUUCAUCCGAAUUACCCCAAAAUCAGGAAAGACAUACUUGACAAGUCCAGAGCGGCACUGAGAGCCUAAGGAAAUAAAAAGACUGAAGAUGACGAGAAUGAACGUUUUAUGACAUAAAAUAAUUUAUUCUAGGAACAAAAUAGUAUUUUAUAUUAUUUAUAAUUCUAGCCACUGCCGUGCAUUAUGUGAUGUCGAUGGUAUAAAUCUGGUUGUUCUGGAGUAUUGUGGUUUUGCUUGUUUGUUUGUAUUCCUUUGCUUCAUAAACCACCACUAGUUGCCACUGA